CCUACCCAGUUCCUCCACUGCACCACAACACAAACUUUAAAGAGUGUAGUCAUCUAAGAGAUCAUGAAGAAAGAAAUAAUGGGAAGAAGAGUAGCCAUUGUAGUAGUAUCACUAGUUCAAUCUCUACUACUACUUCUGCUACUCUCUCCAACAACAACAACAGCCACACCGACCAACCCUUCAGUGAUCAUCGUCGGCGCUGGAAUGUCCGGAAUAAUGGCUGCCAAGACUUUGUCGGACGCCGGCAUAACAAACAUACAGAUCUUGGAGGCCACCGAUCACAUCGGCGGCCGCAUGCACAAGGUGUCCUUCGCCGGAAUCAAUAUAGAAAUAGGUGCUAACUGGGUUGAAGGUGUUAAUGGCAAAGAGGUUAAUCCUAUUUGGACUCUUGCUAAUGAUCUCAACCUUAGGAACUUCUUUUCUGACUUUGAUAACGUCUCCUCCAAUUGUUACAAACAAGGGGGAGGCUUGCACAAGAGCUCGGUGGUAGAGAAGGCAAUAGAAACAUUGGAUGAAGUAAAGGGUUUCGGUGAGAAACUUGGAGCUACAUUGCAUCCGAGUGGGAAGGAUGAUAUUUCUGUCCUCACAAUGCAACGUUUAAUGAAUCAUGUGCCGAGUGAUCCUGUUGGGAUGGUGGUGGACUACUACACAUCAGACUAUGAGUUUGCUGAGCCACCAAGAGUGACUAGCAUGCAAAACACAGUGCCACUGGCAACGUUUAGUAAUUUCGGUGAAGAUAUUUACUUCGUGGCGGAUCAACGUGGUUACGGCAGUGUUGUUGAACAUUUGGCUCAUCAGUUCCUCAAGACAGAUAAAAAGGGCAACAUUGUUGAUCCAAGGUUUAUGCUUAAUAAGGUUGUGAGAGAAAUAAGUUAUUCAAAAAGUGGUGUUACUGUGAUGACAGAAGAUGGCAAGAAAUAUGAAGCAGAUUAUGUUAUGGUUUCUGUUAGUAUCGGUGUUCUCCAAACUCAUCUCAUCAAAUUCAAACCUGACCUUCCUCAUUGGAAAAUUCUUGCACUGUAUCAAUUUGAUAUGGCGGUUUAUACCAAGAUUUUUGUUAAGUUCCCCAAAACCUUUUGGCCAACUGAAAAUGGAACAGAGUUCUUCUUGUAUGCCAGUAAAAGAAGAGGUUACUAUCCUAUUUGGCAACAACUUGAAAAACAAUAUCCAGGAGCCAAUGUAUUACUUGUUACCGUCACUGAUGAAGAAUCUAGAAGAAUAGAGCAACAAUCAAACGCAGCGACAAAGGCAGAAAUUAUGAAUGUCUUGAGGGAUAUGUUUGGAAAAAAUAUACCGGAGGCAACGGAUAUUCUUGUGCCAAGAUGGUGGUCUGACAGGUUUUAUAAAGGCACAUUCUCUAACUGGCCAAUCGGUGUUAACCGAUAUGAAUAUGAUCAAAUCCGGGCCCCUGUCGAUAGGGUUUACUUCACAGGUGAACACACAAGCGAGUCUUACAACGGUUAUGUUCAUGGUGCCUACUUAGCAGGGAUUGAUUCUGCAAACAUGAUGAUUAAGUGCAUCAAAAAGGGCAUGUGCAAGUUCCAUAUCCCUGCCAAGUACACAUAGAUGAGGUAAUGUAUGUAUAUAUAUGCGUCGGUAUAUUAAAUAUAUGUUGGUUUUCUUGGAGAUGAGUUGGUGAUUGAGAAUGAAGCACUUGGAUGCAUAUUUAGUCAUUGAAGGGUUGUGAACCAAAAACUAUGUCUAUCUCAUCUCUUGUUUGUCUGUUGUUUAAUAUAAUUAUCUUUGUUUUAUGUCCUUAGAAUGACAAUAUUGGAGUUAUCCUCAUCCUUAAAGAGAAGUUUCUUGA